AUGACAAGAGUUCUAGUGUACAGCACCACGCUCGUCGCGUUCGUGGCAGCAACGGCCAUGACCUUUGCUGCCAUUUUCAUACCGGACUGGGUUACAUGGGACGUGACAACCCAAUUGGGCGCUCACAAUACGAGGAUAAUAGGUCUCCAUCGAAGCUGUACCACCACGCCACUUGAGAGCAGAUGCGUACAUUUCCCACAAAAACAAGACUGCGAUGGCGAUGAUCGGUACUUUUGUUCUAUGUGGAGGAGCGUGGGCUUCUUGAUGAGUUUUGCCGCUGUGUUUGAGCUAGUUACCAUUGUGGCUUAUUGCGUGGUGAUUGUGGGCGGAAAGCAGAAGAGGGAAAUUGGUUGGAAGGUCUUGGCUUUUAUGCUGAUGCUUGUGGGAAUCGUACAGUGCGCUGCAAUGGCUAUCGUGGCAUACCUUUACGACAAUGAUGACCGAUUUUUCGUGGGCUGGAAACUGGACAAGGCUUGGAUUCUUUGCACAGUCUCCUGGUGCAUAGCGGUGAUAUCUGCGGCCUUCCUAUCCCUGUCGGCUUAUGCUUUCUCGCCAGAGGGUGGUUACGAACUUAUACCCAGUGAACGACAUGUGGAUAAUUGA